AUGGCGGAAGCUGCUGAGCAACCCUCGUCGGCGGUGACCUCUCGAUCGAGAACGCCUCGUUCGCCCGGCUCCCUGGCGUCGCUCUGCGAGCGGGCCUCGUUCUCGGUGGUGGUGCGCACCUCGAACUCGGAGGACGCGUCGACGCGCGCCUACAUCUUCGUGCAGCUGGCCGACUCGCAAGGCGCCAUCACCGACAAGAUGCGCCUCAAAUGCUCCAUCACCCAUCGCAAGAAGUUCCUCCGCGGCCACGCCGACCUGUUCAUCGUCGUCGGACAACCGCACCUCGCUGACAUUGCCACCGUGCAGCUGUGGCACCAGAAGCGCGCCGACACGGUCGACGCGCGUCUCCACCACUGGGAGCUCGAGUCGGUGGAUGUGAUUGAGCACCGCUCCCAGAAGAUCUACCACUUUGACGCGAACUGCUCGAUGGGCAAGUGCCUGGAGAAGGAGAGCACCAUCCUGCUGCGCGAUCCCAAACCGGCUGUCAAGGUUCUCCGCAAGGCCGCCCCGCCGCCGCGCGUGCCGAUGGAAGCGGUCGGCGUCAAGAAGGAUGUCCCCGAGAACCCGCUCGAGUCC